AUGCUAUUUAAGGUUAAAAUCGCAGCAUUAAGCUACGGUUUUCUGGUGGCAUUAGGAGUGAUUGCUUUCGCCAUUGUAUGCGCAAGGUCUCACGAAGAAGAACUUGAUUUAACAACUGCUACGCCUGAUGCCGCAACAGCUCUGCCUCAGUUUACGGGAGUACUGCCCGAAUCAGAUCUUCGUGCGACGACCGAGUCCGUCGCAGCGCUCCAGUCCACUUCUGGAGACAACGGUGACACCGUGUUCACCGGAUCCGCAUCGGAAGCUGGCGUGGUUUCUACCACUCUUCUGGAUUCCACUCCUGCAGGUCAUGAGGAAGUAGAGCCCACUGAAGCCAAGUCUGAAGAUGGAACAUCUUCCGCCGCCACGUGCAAGUGCCCUUCUAAAGGCACUGAAGACACAGGGCUCACCAGUACGGAAUCUUCUGUUGACGCAGCGUCUGAAAAUGCAACGACAGAACAGACCACUUCGACGCCACUUGGGGACGUCGAGGAUGCUAGAUGUGGAGAGCCCUUGGCAGAUGCUACAGCUUCCGAUUCUACUAUGGGAAACUUUAGCCACUGGGCAGUGGCGACCGACGCAGCACCUUGCGCCAACGUAACCAGGAACAUCAUGAAGAAAGGUGGAAACCUUGCAGACGCUGCUGUAGCCACCAUGCUGUGCAUGGGCGUUGUUCUACCCCAUUCAAUGGGAAUAGGCGGAGGAUUCAUGGCCACCAUAUAUCUCAGACGCUCAAAGAAGGCGAUGACUUUGAUCGCAAGGGAAAGAGCUCCAGGAGCAGCUACGUGGGACAUGUUUGUUGGAAACGAGACAUUGUCCAGGAGAGGCGGUCUGUCAGUAGCGGUACCUGGUGAGCUGCGUGGUUAUCGCACGCUGCUGCGCAAGCUGCACGCCACCCUCAACUGGCGGGAUCACUUCGACGACGCCAUUCGCCUCGCCCGGUACGGCUUCCCCGUGGGACCGCACCUGGCCGCUGCUCUACAGAAACACAAGGACGACCUGUCAGAAAGUCUGAAGAAGGUCUUCUGGAAUGAAACAACCAACGACACUUUGGCCGAAGGGGAUCUACUGGUUCAGGCGGACCUCGCCGACACUCUGGAAGUCAUAGCCAACAAAGGACCUGAUUAUUUCUACAAAGGUGGAAUCGGAGAGCAGAUGGCCAAGGAGAUUCGGGAUGACGGUGGAGUGAUUACGGAGCACGACCUCAAGAGCUACGAGGCCGAGUGGAAGGAGCCCAUCGUUGCUGAUCUGUCGAACGGCAACACCCUGUUCACGGUAGCUUCACCUGGCAGUGGAGCCGUGCUUGCCGGCAUACUCAGAGUGGGCAUCGAUGCUCUCGAACGAUUUAACAGCACAACGCUGCAAUGGCACAGAUUCAUAGAAGCAUGCAAGCAUGGUUACGGUGGAAGGUCUCACCUUGGAGACAGUGAUUUCGAAGAUGUCAAAGAAUUGGAGCAGAACAUGACGACACCCGAGUGGGCUGCUGCGGUGGGCAACCUUAUCAACGAGUCGACUACGUUCGACGACCCCGCACACUACGGAUUUCUCAACAAUUCGUAUCCCGAAGAUGGUGGCACGGCACAUGCAACCUUCUGGGGAGACACUGGGGAUGUCAUCGCCAUUACCUCAACUAUCAACAACCAUUUCGGAAGCAAAUUACGCACGUCCAGCGGAGUGAUCCUCAACAACCAGAUGGACGACUUCGCGACACCGGGGAUGAGCAAUUCGUACGAUGUCUACCCUACGAGGCCCAACUUCAUAGAACCACGGAAGCGGCCCCUUUCUUCAAUGGUGCCUUCCGUCUUCGUGGACUGCAAAGGGGACGCCGUGCUUGCGUUGGGUGGCACUGGGGGACCCAGGAUAACGUCCGCGGUCGCAUUGGUGGCACUGAGAUCACUCUGGGGAGGUUACGACAUCAAGGAAGCCAUCGACCGACCGAGACUUCACCACCAGCUCAUCCCGAAUCGAGUCAUUGUGGAGCCGCACUUUCCACAGGAGACCAUUGCGGAGCUGGAGAACAAGGGACACGUCUUCGAAGUGAACGAAGGAAAGGGUUCGACCGUCAACGGCAUCAAGAAAGAGGCUGGUUGUUUGCACGCAAGCUAUGACUCACGCAGGGGAGGCAGCGUUGACGGCGAAUGAUUGCUUAUCGAAAUAUCCACGUGCGCUGGCAAUUUUGUUUUGUAAACGGCUCCAUUGUAGCCUAUUAAAACAAUAUAUGAAUGUGAGCGCAACCCCACCUCGUGCUGGAAGUUUCAGCAUGGCUCUGUAAAAAAAUAAACUUAUGCCGGCGUUA